GCCGAGACCUCCAUUCCAAACCAAACACAACAACACAAGAGCUAGCGUCCCACUAGCAGUGACUCGCUUCAACAACUAGCAGCAAGAGUAAGAGAGAAAGCAAGCAAAGAUGUGUGGUGGUGCCAUCCUCGCCGAGCUCAUACCGAGCACGCCGGCGCGCCGCGUCACGCCGGGCCACCUCUGGCCCGCGGCCGGCGGCAAGGGCAAGCAGCAGCGGAGGGCCGACGACUUCGAGGCCGCGUUCCGGGAGUUCGACGAGGACUCCGACGAGGAGGUCGAGAGCAAGCCGCUCGUGUUCAACGCUUCCUCCUCUUUGGAGAAGUCGACGAAUCAGCAGCAGCAGGCGGCGCCGAUGCCGAGCAGGCGCCGGAAGGCGGCGCAGUACAAGGGCGUCCGUCGCCGCCCGUGGGGCAAGUGGGCCGCCGAGAUCCGCGACCCCGUCAAGGGCGUCCGUGUCUGGCUCGGCACCUACCCCUCCGCCGAGGCCGCCGCGCUCGCCUACGACUCCGCCGCGCGCGACAUCCGCGGGCCCAGGGCCAAGCUCAACUUCCCCUCGCCCGCCGACGCCGCUCCUGCCGCCGGGCGCAAGCGCGGCCGCGCCGCCGAAUUCGUCGACCUCGUCGCCGACGAAGAGGACGAGCAGCAGUACUACGCGGCGUCCGUCGUCAAGCACGAGGUCGGGGCCACCGAGAGCGAGAACUCCGAGUCCGGCGGCGCCCUCCCGGACUUCUCGUGGCAGGGCGUGUCGGCGUACGACGAGGCCCCCGCGCCGCGCCCCGCCCCGGAGGCCGUCGAGGCCGAGUACCAGAGCGGCGCCAGCAAGCGCCCGAGGACCGAGCCCGAGAGCACCGAUGAGGCGUCGCCCCGGGCCUCCGACUCCGAGUCGGACGCGCUGUUCGACGCGUUCCUCUUCGGCGACCAGCUCGCCUACUUCAACGGCGCCGCGUACGAGUCCCUCGACAGCCUGUUCAGCGCGGACGCCGUGCAGGGCAACGCCGCUGCGGACGAGGGGAUGGGCUUGUGGAGCUUCGACGACGGCUGCCUCGUCGAGGACAACCUGCCGUUUUAAGCUUCUCCGCUGUGUUCAAGUUCAACGUCUUGUAAAAUUACGGAUGGUUUUGUGAUCUUGUCUAGUUUGUAACUUUGGAUCGAGGAAGAGAUGAAUUUACCGUUCUCAAAAGAUCUUGCCUCUC